AUGCAACAAGUUCAAAGAUUGACAUUUUCAGAGAUCAUGGUAAAAAGUUCUGAUUUCCAAAAUUCACAAUCAACAAUACUCUCCGAUUUAUUGGCAAAGGACACUCCGAUCGUUAUUGAAGGCCUUGGCCAUUCAAUGAAGUGCAUGAGUUGGACUGUGAACGAGCUACAACAAUCAUACUCCCACAUCCCAUUUCAAAUUACAAAAACUACAGAACAAGUUCACAUCCCAGGUGCUGGAACUCUGAAAACCAUGACCAUUCCCCAAUUAUUACACAAAAUUGAAAAAUUACAACGCACCAACAAUCACUCCACAAGAUAUUAUUUAUCGGGAUCAAACUUAAUUUCAUCAAAAAAGAGUGAUGAGGAACUAAAUGAUGAUCAAGAAUUUCUCCAUUCAAAGACAUUACCAAUAAUACACAAUCAACCGUACGAGCCAUUACAAGGCGAUCUUGCUUCAGACACAGCAAAAUCAGAAUUGGAACAAUUACAAAACGAUUGUCAAGAUUUUACUCAAUUCAUCAUGAACGAAUUGACUCAUCACGAAGAAUUAUCCAGUUUAGGAAUAUGGCUUGGUCAUGAUCAACAAAAAACAUGGCUUCAUUUUGACUGUGCUCACAAUCUCAUGUUACAAAUUCGUGGAAAAAAGACCUUCCUAUUGGCAUCUCCUUCACAUUAUCUUGAUCUCUAUCCGUACACCUUUAAAACAUGCAAAGGACAAGAUAUGAAAGGAGAAAUUUAUCGAUUUUCAGAGGUCAAUGCAUGGAAACCUCAACUCGAUCAGUAUCCACGAAGUGGUCGAGUUCAGUUUUUGGAAGCACCACUCGAAAGAGGAGAUGGAUUGUUGUUGCCAAUGGGAUGGUGGCAUGCUGUGUUAUCGGAAGGAGAACGUGCUUCCUCGUGUGAAGAUGACGCAAGCAGUUGUUGUUGUUGUUGUUGUUGUUGUUGUUGUUGUGGAUUUAAUAUUGCUCUAAAUGCCUUUUGGGAUGCUGAUGAAAGUUUUUGGGCGAAACGAAAUCAUUUAAAGUCCUUUAGAAAAACUUACAAAUAA